AUGACGAUGCGCAGUCAGCGUUUAAGCGCUCUAUCCUCACAGUUCAUCAAGCCUUUCAUCUUCGGCAAACAAUGUAUUCGUUGCUUUCACAAAAACGCCGUCACUCCAUCUGUGCCUUCUCCAACGCCCUUUGUCCCUGAUGUCCAAACCUUUCUCACCUUGAUCGGUCGUGGUAUGUCUAAGCACGCCAGCAAGCUACCUUCCUGGGACAAGCUUUUUACUCUCAACUCCACCGAGCUUCGUGAUGCAGGAAUUGAACCCGCACGUCAAAGACGGUAUCUGCUUCGGAAGAGGGAGAAAUUCAGACAGGGUGUCUACGGUCCUGGUGGCGAUCUGGAGCAUGUUGUCGAUGGAGCCGCUCAAUUACGAGUAGUUGAGGUAGCCGUGCAGGGGGCCGAUACAACAAAGGGUAACCGAGGAUCGGAUCUCCAGAAUUCUUCUGCCACUCUAUCACCGGGUAUGAAGCGAAUUGUUGUUAAUCUUCCUCCGGGGACCGCCGUCCAUGAGCAUGACCCGUCCAAGCCCUUGAAAAAGUUUGCUCAUAUCAAGAUACACCAAGGCUCUAUGGUCAGAGGCCCCUUUCUGCAACCGAUUAAAGGCACAAAUGGCAGUGCGGCUCUGAUCAAGGUGCAAGAAGGGAUGUGGGAGGACAAGUUAGGACACAAAGUCGAUGGAGGUGAAAGACGACGCGCGGAGGUCAGGGCCAAGAAGAGGAGCGAGGAGAGGAGAAAGGGUACGGCAUGA